CCGUUAGAAGAUUGGCUGCGGAGAGGAUAUGUGGGGAAUAUAUAUGUUCGACAUCGCUGCAGAGACAGCACAGUGCCCAGAGUUCUAUCGCGGAGUUGUAGGGUAACGGGACUAUCCGAUUUUGACCCUCGACAGCAUCUCGUCAUGUUCCUCAACACGUCAAUCACGAUGAACAACACAUCCGUUGACGUCAACGUGACGUCCUACCUCGAUAUGGACAUUACCCACGUGAUGACCGUCUACGUCUAUCGAAUUAUCUACGUGGUCGGUGUCAUCGGCAACACGUUCACAGCAGUGGUAUGGGUGCGCUCCCGACUGAAGGUGUCACCCGUAUGCUAUUUCAUCGCCCUGAGUUUAGUGGACAACUUGGUCAUCUUGACCCACGCGCUCGAGACCCAACAUUCGGUCAACAUCCAGGGUCUGUGUCAACUCGUCCAUAUUGUGUUCCUCGCUGUGCAGAUUCUAGCUAUUCUCCUCGUACUGGGAAUGUCGAUUGAGCGUUAUAUCGAAAUUUGCCACCCCAUGCUCGGAGGGAAGAUCCUCACUAUAACGCGGACGAAGAGAGUGAUCGUACUACUUGCAGCGGUGUCCUUGCUACUCAGCACAUUGGAAGGCUACACGUGGGCCCUGGACCCUGUAUCAGACACGUGUGACUUACGAACUCACCUCCCAUCCAGCUAUCUGUGGAUUUAUGGAUUCAGUGUCAUCAUAUUGUUCUUUGUGACCCCACUUCUGUGUGUGAUUAUAUUAAAUGUUCUUGUGAUAGCCGUCCUCAGCAAGGCUAGACGACACAGUUCAGCCUACGGACGAUCCAUGAUGAAACCGGCAAAAGCCAGUUUUAAUACGCCAUUCCUGGUUGUCUCCCUUUACCUCGCAAUAAGUGAACUUGUGUAUGCUCUCGUUCAUCUCUCGUAUUAUCUCGGACCAUCGGACAGGUCGACGUGGCUUCACAGUAGCCCUCUGACUGGAAGAUGGCGCAGCUACGAUAUUAAAUCAAUACCACUUUUGUUUGCCGAUGCUGCUGCUCUGUCGAGUUACGCCCUGGAUCUGACUGUCUUUACUCUAAGCAGCAAAACAUUCCGAAAGGAAGCUGUUGGCCUGAUUCCCUGUAGGAAACGCAAAAACCAAGUUUUUCUAAGCAGGAACUUAUUACGAAGGAGUAAUGCAUGAACUAUUUGCCGAUCAAGGGAAGGGUGCGAUAUGCCAAUGGCAUGUUGAAAGAAGUAUCCUCACUGGAACUGGGACAAGUCUCGGUGUCUUGUAGUCCAAGAAGGUUGAAUUGAACAAACGAAACAUUUUGUGUAUAAACUCAAAUUGUAUGAUAUGUACCAGUGUAUGAGCGAGCGAGUGGGUAGAUGGGUGAUUGAGUAAGCGAGUGAGCCUUAAGCGAGUGCCUGGGUAGGUGGUUGAUUGUGAGUGAGUGAGUGAGUGAGCAUUGAAUUUUUUUACAUUAUUUUACUUAUGUUACGUUCUAUUUUAGUGUCGAUACUGUCAUCGACAGUACAAAUCGUGAUGGCAGCUGGCAAAUUAUUUAUAUAGAUAAAAUCAUGAAUUCCAGGAAACCUUUAUGAGAAAGCACUGCGUUAAAUCAAAAACACAUUAUUUUCUGAGUAAUUGUUGUGAUAUUUCGAUAGACACAGUUGACAAUGUUAUUAAUUAUGCUUCGUUGAUAAUACUGAUAGCAUUAGAGUAUUGCCUUGUUUGAUACCAAUCAUAGAUCACUUCUGAAACCAUAUUGCAUAAUGUUGCCAAUAUUAAGACGUGAACGUGUCACUCGGUUGUAACAAGCAGAUUACGCGUUCUCUUCAUCUUAUGUAUUGGAUUACACGUGAAGGAAACAUCUCGAAGAGGUACGCAUAGUUGUAGAAUAAUCCCGAUUAAAGUAUCAAUUGAAAACUAAAAAAUGUAUGAUAAAUUUGCCAUGUGCAAAAUUAGUCGAUGAGAAACAAAUGUAUAAAAAACAGUAACGAUACACAAUAUAAUUCAUACUGUAGCGAUACGUAUAGUUUCAUAAAGGUUCAAUUAUCUAUAUCUAUAUAUCAUCUGAUCUUCAAUCUAGCAUCGACAUGUUAAUAUUAAACGCGAACUACUGGAACAGGAUUUGUCUGACAUAGACACAGGCUUGAGGGACAUCGUUUUGUGAUAAUUCCGUCCAUGUUUCUCCUGAAAGCGUAAAUCUGUUUCCUUAGUGUUUUGUAGUUUAGUUGUGAGUAGCGUUGUGUGUUUGAGUGAGUGAGUGAAUGUUGCAACCCUAAAUCACUCGUUGUGUUCAAAUCCAUGUAUUAUAGAAUGAAAUCUGUUUCCGCUGGAGAUCUAGACGGCUUUUUCUCUUGCACUGACAAUUUAUGUUCACACGUAGUUCCGAAGAACAUACGUCUGAGACCUGUAUAUUUCCAAUAUCAUCCAAGUUAUGUUAGUACAACGAAGGUGAUAAUUAAUGCUUGCUAUGUUUCGAUAAUCUCUGUUCCAGUGUAGUGUUUGGAAACAUUCUUCUGUGGGUAACAUAACAGUACCAAAUGUCCUGCGGUGUAACAGCGGGAAAGUGAGUGAGUGAGUUGGGUUUAACGCCGCUUUUAACAGUAAUCCAGUUAUAUCACGGCGCGUCAGCUUAAUGUGGGAGGAAAGUCCGAAAUGAUGCAGGUCUCAGACGUUUACCACUUCG